AUGAUUGAGACAUGCACAACACGUCGUAUGCUAUUGCUCAUAUGCGCACUUCUGGUGUCAUCUACCAUUAUUCUGGUUUUUGAAGAAUACGUAGAGGAUUCUGAGCUAGAGGCGUCAAGAAAGCUGCGGCAGAACGGUAAAAUGAUAUACGCCAAGCCGGAAGACUCCAAGGUAAGGGGUUUGAAGCUUUAAUGUUGUUUUAAUCUUUUGUUAUUAGUAAAUGUUUUUUUGGGAAGUGAUUUGCGAUUUGAAAUGAAUAUCUAAUUACAGAAAGAAGUCCCAGUGACGACGAUAUCAGAAUGUUCUUCAGAAGCUUCGUUGAAGUUGGUCGAAGAAUGCCAGUCUUGUUCGAACUUUGAAGUCAAAGCUCUUAAGACAGGUAAGCUUAACAUAGAAAGGUUUUUUAUAAUGAUACAAAACUGUCUUGUGAAAACAAUAAGAAAGUUAUUGACUAAACCGUAUUUACUUAAAUUUAAUCUUCUUCAACAUACAGUACCCUUUUCAGACUACUGUAAAGACACAGGCUACUAUACCAAGUUCCUGUGCGAAGCCAACAACCAGACCUUGUACACGCCGUGUUAUUCGAAGCAGGUGAGGGCAUUUGUCAGGUUUAAUAUGUUUGCUGGCAUGAGUUUUGCCUGGAGCGUUUUGUUCUACAGUUUUGUAGCGUGGCGACGAAAGAUCGUGGAGAUGAGGGGAUACUCCAGAGUGUCACAGUUUUUAAGUUGA